AUGCCGUCAUCAGGUCGCGACAAGGGCAAAGCGAGGGCAAUCGAACCCGUUGUGGCUGAGGCAGUGCCUCCAACGACGAGCUUCGUCGAGCCCAAACCAAUCCCAUCCACGUCGCUGCUCAACAUCGAAUACCCUGGCGUUAUCACCAACGACGUCGGUCCAUCUUCCUCGACCUCAUCGUACAGCAGCCUCGAACGUGCCCUGUCGACUUUGCAUCCAUCCGCCCUACCCCCAUUGACAAGCAGCCCACACGAAGCGCUCAACUUUCUCGCUCGCAUCCCCAACGAAGGCCUGAAGGUGGUCGAGUGUCGACUUGGCGGAUUCGGCACUCCACGCUCGUCUAUUCAAGACGAUGAUAUCGACCAAGUAUACAAAUCGCCUCUGCUAGGCGAAGCCGUGCCGACGAACAACAUUGUCAUCCGCAUCGUCAAGCGUACGUGGCGACAAAAGAAGCGUAAGCGAUCGUCUUCCCCUUCGUCAGGAUUGCCAGCUGCGUCCGAGGACAUGGCGCUAGAUCCAGCGCUGUUCGAGGACGCACCUUCAGCCGGUGUCGAGCAGCUUCACGGCCACCAAGAAAAGCGCAGCCGCUACACGGGCCGCAUCAAAAAGGAGUACUGCGUCGAGAUUCUUGGCCUGGCGACGCACACGGUCCGCUUUCGCAGCAUGGCCGACUUCGCUUUUCAACCGUCCGUCGCCUCAUCCUCGAAUCAACUCGAUCCGGUCAUGGCGCUACAUCGUGCGUUGGCGACGAUGGACCUUGCGGCCUUCCAAACCUUUCGCGUCCCCGCGCAGCUGGAGGACUAUCAAAUCACCACGCCCUCCGGCGUCAAGAGCAACCUGCACAUGGUGCCCCCCGCCUUCUUCAGUCGGAUGGACGUGCCGUUCAACUACGGCUUUCAACAGACACCGUAUAGCGAGCUGCGGACUGUGCCUACCCCUUCGCACCUCACGCGUCCACCUGGCAGCAUCCCCUUCGGCCACGUCCUCCAGCGCGCUGCGCAAUCGGGCACGAUGCAACGUUUCGUCAACCGCGUCCGCCUAUCGAACAUCACACCGCAACCGUUUCGUGUCGGCCGCGAUAGCAGGAUCCCGACCAAACCCCUGCCGGACGUGGUGAGGAUCGCACACCGCUGUGAACCAGCGGUGCUCUCCCGGCUCAAGACGCUGCUCGCCGACCGACCCGUUUGGUCCAGAGUGGCGCUCAAGAACCAGCUCACCGAGGCAGAGCUGCGCGAGCUGAACGGGAACAAUGAGAAGGUGUACUAUGCGCUGGUCGGCUACUCGAUGGUUGGCGGACCGUGGAGGGAUACGGUGGUGCGGUUUGGGUACGAUGUGCGCUCCGACGAGGGGUCAAGGAUCUACCAGAGGAUCUUCCUGCGUGGUGGCACCGCUCGCGAACCCCGAGCGCAGAGCUCGCAGAGCAAAGGUGUAGCGGAUGAGCCAAUGGGUGACGAGGAAGAGGAGGAAGAACCAACGGCAAGGUCGAGCGUCGUACCACUGACAGCCGCGAGGGAGUCCAACGGGCACGUGUUCGACGGCACAUCGCUCCACCGGAACGUGGGCAACUUUCAGCUGUGCGACAUUACAGAUCCGGUCAUCACGCCGUACAUCUGGCGACACAAUGAUGGAGAGACGCACGAUGCUGCCCCGGCUGGAGUGGAUGAAGCCAAGUUGCGCGAGCCGAUGGGAACAGAGUGGCUGAGGAAGACGUGGGAUGCCGAGACAGGGUGGUAUACGCGCAGGGCGCUGGAGCUCAUUCGUGCCUUGGUGACGGCCCGGUUCAAGUCGCUAGCGGAUACAGGCAGGCCAUUGGAGGAGGAUGCGGUGGAAACGAUCAUUGGGAGGCUGAGGGUGAGGUGGAGGGAGGAGGAUGCAGGUGUGCGAGGAGGGAGUUCGCAGGGAGACGAAGCGGAGGCGACCAUUGGCCAGUGA